UUCUCGAAAUCAACGGUGAUUAUGUGGACUGCUCCUUUAAAAGUUCACCAUUCUCGUGGUCUCUGGGAACGUCCGAUCUCGACGAAUCCGCUACUUGCCUAUUUUACCCUUCCACUCGCUUCUCUAUGUAAACAAAUUAACUUCUUCUCUUCGUCUUCGCUUUCAACUUUCUAUCAGUCUCUGUUACGUCAUUAUAAUUAAAAAUCGUCAUGGCCAAGAUCAAGAUUGGAAUCAACGGAUUCGGAAGAAUCGGACGUUUGGUGGCGAGAGUUGCUCUGCAAAGAGACGACGUUGAGCUUGUAGCUGUUAAUGAUCCUUUCAUUACAACGGACUACGUGACGUACAUGUUCAAGUAUGAUAGUGUUCAUGGGCAAUGGAAUAAGCACGAACUCAAGGUCAAGGACUCAAAGACUCUGCUCUUUGGAGAUAAGCCCGUCACUGUUCUUGGUGUCAGGAACCCUGAGGAGAUCCCAUGGGGUGAGACUGGAGCUGAAUACGUUGUAGAGUCCACUGGAGUUUUUACCGACAAGGACAAAGCUGCUGCUCACUUGAAGGGUGGUGCAAAGAAGGUUGUAAUUUCUGCACCCAGUAAAGAUGCUCCCAUGUUUGUUAUGGGUGUGAAUGCCACUGAAUACAAGAAAGACAUUGAUAUUGUUUCAAAUGCUAGUUGCACUACCAACUGUCUUGCUCCAUUGGCUAAGGUUAUUCAUAACAAAUUUGGUAUUAUUGAGGGUCUUAUGACCACUGUCCACUCCAUUACUGCCACUCAAAAGACUGUUGAUGGCCCUUCAAUGAAGGACUGGAGAGGUGGCAGAGCUGCUUCUUUCAACAUCAUUCCCAGCAGUACCGGAGCUGCUAAGGCUGUUGGUAAAGUCCUGCCAGCAUUGAAUGGAAAAUUGACUGGAAUGGCAUUCCGUGUUCCCACUGUGGAUGUUUCAGUAGUCGACCUCACUGUCAGACUGGAGAAGAAGGCCACUUACGACCAGAUCAAAGCUGCUGUCAAGGAAGCAUCUGAGGGUGAAAUGAAAGGAAUUAUUGGUUACACAGAGGAUGAUUUGGUGUCAACAGAUUUUCUUGGUGACAGCAGAUCAAGCAUUUUUGAUGCCAAAGCUGGAAUUGCUUUGAAUGACAACUUUGUGAAGCUUGUCUCUUGGUACGACAAUGAAUGGGGUUACAGCACCCGCGUCAUCGACUUGAUCGUCCACAUGGCUUCUUGUAAAUGAACAAGGAGUGUGAUUGGAGGAGAUGGGACUGAUUGGCAACUUGUUCUCAAAAUUAAAAUCCUUUCAAAUUUUACAAGUUUUGAUGUUUAGAGCAAGGUGUCUGAUUAAUUGCGUUAAAUUUGACACUCUACAACUAUGUUACAAGGCUUUAAUCAAAUUUUUCAUAAAUUGAGGGUUAUAAUUAAUUUUUUGAGUUAGGUUUGAAUCA